GUUCACUACGCCAGUUGAAGCAAUGCAUUGGUGGUAGGAGUACUGUACGUAAACUCUGUGUGUGUUUCCGGGAAGAUAGAGCUCUUUAAUGAAGUGUCUAUACAAAACGAGGAAAGCGCUAAAUCAGUAGGUUGUAGCAGUACCGUCGCACGACGCGCUCCGUGCUGUUUUUCCUGCUCAAGCGACAGCCAUGGACAAAAACGCAAAGAUACGGGAUCUCCUGGCAGAGAUAUCGAAGUUCAACGCACAGACAGCCGGUAGAGACAAACUGUUUCGGCUCCUGCAGUACAGUAGUCGCUUCUUGUGGUACUGGAUGCAGAAAACGUCAAGCCGUAGGGACACCGUGGCCCGCCUUCAGAACCUGGAGGUGACGUUCAGCUCGGGGCGAAGGCUGCUGCGGCUUGGGCGCUUUUUGGAUGCCCUUCAUGGUGCAACCCGCACAAUCAACCUUCCGGAUGUGUCGCUGCGUCUCAGCCUGACCAUGGCCCGCAUCGGCAAUGCUUUUUACAUUCUGACGGACAACCUGGUUUGGCUUCACCAGGUUGGCUUGUUGACAUUGCAGCGGGACGCCUGGAGCCGCACAAGCAAUAAGUUUUGGCUGCUGGCCAUUGUGGCCGCACUGAUACGCGAUCUAACUGAGCUGUACCAGAUACUGCCUUUGCUGUUGGCUGCACCGUCCAAGGGGGGCAACCUGAGGACCUCGCUUCGCAUGCUGUUGGUAUCGGCGAGCUACCACAAGGCACUUCUACUUGACCUGGUCAAGAACAUCGCAGACCUGUGGAUACCUUACACAGCAUUGGGCCAUGCCAAACUUGAACCGGGGACGAUCGGGCUGUUGGGUGUUAUUUCCAGUGCAGCUGCUAUUUUGCCCAUGCUGGACUCGACAUUCUCGCUCAGCCCAGCGUGAGUGUGUGUGUGUGUGUGUUUGUGACAGGUAUUCACUCCUGCAGAUGUAAGUAAAUAGUGGUUGUGUUUCACUUAGCGGAACAUCUUCUGAAAAUGUUGAGCUUUGGGACAUCACUCGCCAUUGUCAUUUGCAGUACUGUGAAUGCCAAAUGGAAGCUCCUCCAUUGUGGUAUUAUCUUCAGAACUACAUAGCAGUGUGAAAAUGGCAGCUUCACCAGCUUCCAUUGAAGUACACAAUCAUUAAUGUUGUCUUAGGAGCUCAUUUGCUAGCACUAUCAAAUGAGAUUAACUUUCACUGCUAACACUGUCAGAUGAGAUUUAUGUUUGCUAACAUUAUCAAUAUGAAUUCCUCCAUUAUGUUGUGUCAUUAGCCAUAAGGGCACAUCGUGUUUGCGUUGUUAUUAAGGAUGCGCUGUUGUUAAAAAAAAGUGACUAAAGAUGUGAAAUCUCUACAUGCACAAGUAUGCGCUUUUUGAUUACAUACUCAAAGGUCACACAGGCAUACCAUAACUACUGGCAUUACUGAGUUCUAGAUACAAUUUUUUAUCUAUAUAAAGUUACGACAUAUUUGCAGUGUCAUCCUUGAAUUACAUUUCUUUCUCUGCUUUACGAUCAAGAGUAGGUCUGUUUUUUUUUAAAUACUGCAGCACAAUAAACAGACAAGGUCGGAAUGAGACGACAAGGACAUCUCAUUUCUUCUCGUUUCAUUCUUGUUCAUUUAUUGCGUAGCAGUAUUUUGAAAAAAAAGGUACCAACAUGCCCAACUUACCACUUUAAUCAAGAGUGGGUUUAGACGUAGAAGUUUUUGCCAUUGUAGACGUGUGCUCUAAUAUACAUACACACAAGACACCAAACAGGCACAAGAAUAACUGCCUACUGCAUGUUUCUGAUGGUGUGCUCGAUCUACCAUUGCAUCAAAGCACCAACUCCUGCAAUGUGUACAACAAGAUGCCUUCUUUCUGAGGUGUAAUCUAACAAAUUGUGUUCUAUCUUCAUCUUGACCAUGAAACAUCUGUAGUACACCGUAUCAUUUCAUGCUCUCUUGGCAAAUAUUUUGGCAAACAGCCAGUGCUUACCGGAAAAGCAUAACAAACUGCAAUAGAGCACAUAAAGAAGCUGCACACAUGCAGUAAUCUGUAUAACAACUUAUGAUUUAUUAAGCAAAUGCGUGAUCAUAUGUCUCGUGCAUUAAAAUUUCCAUGCAUCUAGUUGUGGAAGUAGAAAUAAUGGCUUUGUGUUGCUACUGUCAUCCGUAGCUUUGAGGAAAAUCUCAGACUUGGUAAUCCUUUGCCCACGUUGACUUUCAAUAGCAAAGCACAGAAUGAUUGUCUCUUCAGUUCUAGAGCCUUUGCUUGAAGUAAAAUACUAAAAUAUGCCAAGCAAGAGAUAACUGGUAUGUACAGUUAGCCGUUCUGCUACCCAUGCAAAAAAUAGUGACAGCAUUUUUAUCUGUUUAAACACUGGGCCUAUGUGCUGCCUUUGUUCCGAGGUGUGUGACAUGUUGUAUGCAUUGGGAAUUGAGAAAAGAAAAGUUAAUGUAAUAGAAAAUAGGGAAACCUGAGAACACAGUACAGAGGGCUGCAGCGCAGACAGUUCUUGCGUUUGGUUGGAGAGACAACCAUCACUGAAACUUUGCUGUGGGUGACUAUAUGGUACGAGAAUUUGCUAUUAAAAUUUAUUUUCAGGGUAUUGGCCUGGGCAGAGGAGUGAAGCAAUACUGGAACUGAGAAUGGCAGAAAAAUUAUUCAUGCACAAAGAAAAUGCUGACCGUGUUUUGCAGUGUGUAUUAAUGAGUCAUUGUAAUUUUAUGCAUCGCUCAAUACUGAGAUUGAGUGUAGAAUACUCUAUUCUAACUUGAACGUUGGAUAGCUCAAUGGAAACUAUGGAAGUGGACAAAACUUCAACACUUUGUACUUCAAUGUACAGUUUCUGAAGGACUGUUUUUAAACAUGUGCGCAAAGAAAGCAGAUCAGCGUGCUGUAACACUGUGCCUUCAGCUUUCCACACAUUUGCUUAGGGUUGGAUAGGUUUUCCACAUGAUUGCACAGGAAUGAUUUUUUAAAACCGUUCUUUGCCGAGUAUGGCUUCAAGUGCCAGAAUGUAUGCAAAUGUUAAAAGUUUGCUCCGUUUGAAAUACUGACUUUGGCAUACCUGUACAAACCUUCCACUGUGCAUAGAGAGACACUGGUGGCAGGUACACUCGCAAACAGCAGACAUCAUCCGGUCAACUUUCCUGUCUUUCAUUUGCUCUUCUCUCUCUUUAUAUACAUAUACUAUUAUAUCCAAUUUUACUGGUCGCUUGACCAAGCGAGUGGCUGUAGCUUUUCUUCAAGCCAUUGACCUACUGCUUUAGAGUUGUGACUGCAUGACGGACUUGUAUAUAUGCACCUGCUGAUGUUAUCAUCGUCCAUCAUUCUUUUUCCUCCCCUUACCCAGUACAGAGCAGUAGGCCAGCGAAACUUUUACCUCAGGCUGACCUUUUUGCAAAAAAUCCUCUUUCUCUCUGUUUCUAAUCAUUAUAUGUUUUUGUGUUGAUUAACGACUGUAAUAGGAACACCCGAGGACUGAAUAAGAUACAGCGAGAUUUCGUUUGUCUGCAAUUCAGGGAGCUUCAAGAAAGCUUUAAAACUUGCAAUGAAGAAAGGGUGUGUGACCUUGCUAUCAAUAUGACUUCAUAACUAAAGUGUUUUAGCUCAGCAGUCGUGGCUCACUCAGCUGAGGCCAGUGUAAUUUAAGAAUAUGUACUCAGCCGCUCAAUGGGAACACUAGCGUGCAGAUGCACAACACUCGUGUGAGCAGCUGAACGUAAAACUCUGCUUUUUGCUCUCCUACAGAGCAUUUUGAUGAAGCACAGGGGUGUAGCCACUUAGCUUCUUUGCCAUUUUGUGAUCAAGCUGACUGCGAGUUGCUGACGCCCCCAACUGGUGCAAUAGAUUAAAGAAAGUGAAACCUAGACUGUUUCCUGUGCUAUGUGGGAUUUGAGCAUAAGAAAGCGUAAGUGACACUUAUGUAAAACAGUCUGCUGUGGAGUGAGUGUUGUGAAUAAGUAUUUUCUGUGAUGUGUUCAGUCACAUGAUGUUUCACAGUGCUUGUUUGGACUGACACCUUUCCAGACUUAAAAAAUAUAGAAAAGUGGCCAGCUGAAAUGUGCUCUUUGUCAGGCUGCUAAGACAUUGCUUACACAUUUUUGCACUGUUCAGCAUGGGUACCCUAGUUACUUUCUCAUUACUGGCGAUGAAACGCACUAGGUCUAGCAUAUGUCACUUGAAAUGAAGCACUACUUGGUGGCAGAUUGUGAUACCAAUAGUUGGGAGCACAGGACAUUCUUUCGUGCCAGUCAUUGAAGCCACUUGUGAUCCCAGUGGUUUGUUGCAGUGAAGAUCAGCAAUAACAUAGCGUAAUUUUUGUUGUUGUUUUCUGUGAAUAGCGUCAUGUGUUCUAGAAACUUCAUAUGUGCAUUCAGGUUCAAAAUGUGCCAGAAAUGUAGCCAGCUCAAACGAAAAUAGUCAAUAAAAAUACCUCAAUAUUGCA